CCCGCCCGCCCGCCCGUCCGUCCGUUCGCUCUCUCGCUCGCUCGCUCAUUCACACAGUCUAAAAAAGUGAUGAGACUGAGAGAGAAACAGAUGCCGACGCCGCCGCACUUCUCCUUCACGUACCGGGGAAAGCAGAGCUGAGAGUGUGGGUUUUCCUGCGGUUCUCAGGGCGAUCCUUCUUGAACGACUCUGCCGAGGGUGCAGCGAUGAUUCCGGCUCCCAAAGCCGACUGCAUGCAAGAUUUCUUGCAGACCAGAGGUUACCCAUUCUCCUCUUUCUCCUGCCCACCCAAGAUGGCCUGCCAUGAGUGCCACUCCAUGCUGCCAGCCUGACUGUGCCCUGGCUCUGUGAUCUCCGUGAGAAUUUUCCCCAGUGCACUGCUACAACGCCACCAAUUACCAUUCCCAUCUGUUGGCUGCCUUUCUCCCUGCUGCUCUCCCUGUCCAUGGCUGCCUUGCUGGGAUCUGUGUUCCUCCUGGUCCUACAGACAUAUGCUGCCCCUCCAGAGUUUAUCCAGAUGUGGCCCAGUGUGCCAACCUCAGGCCCUGGAUAUCUGGUUAAUGAGACAGUCACGCCAUCCCUGGUGCCCCCACCUGGCACCAGUAAGCACCUCCCUCACAGCAUCAUUAUUGGGGUCCGUAAAGGUGGCACACGUGCUCUUCUGGAAAUGCUUGACAUUCACCCUGAAGUUGCAGCUGCAGCUACUGAAGUUCACUUCUUUGACUGGGAUGAAAACUAUGCCAAGGGCCUAGAGUGGUACCGUGACCUCAUGCCGUAUUCAUACCCUCACCAGAUCACCAUCGAGAAGACGCCAGGCUACUUCACCUCGGCUUCAGCUCCAGCUCGUAUUUGUGCCAUGAACUCCUCGAUUAAGCUCCUGCUCAUCUUGAGAGACCCAGUUGAGAGAGUCAUCUCAGAUUACACGCAGGUGUAUUUCAACCGGCUGGAGAGCCACAAGCCUGUGCAUGCCAUAGAGGACAUGCUGGUCCGGAACGGGGCCCUUAACACCCGAUACAAGGCCAUCCAGCGUAGUCUCUAUGAUGUGUAUAUGAGGAACUGGCUCCUGCACUUCCCACUGGACCAGAUUCACAUUGUGGAUGGAGACAUGCUGAUUCAUAACCCCUUGUCAGAGCUGCAGAAGGUGGAGCAUUUCCUGGAGCUGCCGCCACGGAUAGUGGCUUCCAACUUCUACUUCAACCAGACCAAGGGCUUCUACUGCAUCCGCAGCGAUGGCAGAGAAAGGUGCCUGCAUGAGUCCAAAGGGCGACCCCACCCUCUUGUGAACAGCACUGUCCUGGAGCAGCUUCGCUCCUACUUCCGCCAGCACAACCACAAUUUCUACCAGCUGGUUGGACGCACUUUUAACUGGGGCUAGUGCAGGGGAAUAGCUCAGCCUGUUCCUAGGUUCUUUGCCAGUAGUAAAGGUUCCUUGCCAGCUAAUAAAUUUAUUGGCUGAUUAACAGUAAUGAUGAGCAAGAGUGCAGAUGGAAGCCUUUGAACUCGUAUUGCGACUGCAGAAUAACUUUGCAAUGAUAAAAUUGUAAUCAUUAAGAAAAUAUUUAUAAAUGAAUAUACACAGUGGGAGUGUCCCAGAGCUUUGAUCAGCUAUACCAUAAGCAAGAUACUGAAGGGAGCAAACAAUUUUGUGAACUCAUGGGCCUUUUUUUCUUUAUUUGAUAUUCUUGUACUUGAUAAUAAAUGGUAUUGUUUCCAAAAUUGGAAAUUGGA